AUGUUUAGAGCUUUGAGUACAAGCAGAAGAAGCCAUAAGGGUUAUGAUCAGUUAACUGCUGCAGAUGAGCACUCUAAUGCUUCUUUGCUACCUAAGUUGAGUAGAGCCAAAAGCUUGCCUGCUAAAAUCCUCAGUUCAUCCAAGAAUCUAAAUCUCGUUCCCAGUCGAGCCAGGCCGAGUACGAAUCCAACCGAGCAGGUUAAGAAGGCCAGUAAGGUUCACCCCUUUUUCAGUCUUUUUGAAAGCAGGAAAAGGAAGAAGGCAACAGCAAAACCUGAAUUCUCAAGGUAUAUGGAGUAUGUCAAGGAGGGGGGUAUGUGGGAUGUCAAAGCAAAUAUGCCUGUUAUAUACUAUAAAUGA